AUGGCAUCUUCAUACCCGUUUGAAAGUAAUAAUAUGAUGACAACAGAUGAUAAUAGCGAAAAUAAUUGGACUAGAGUCAUUCGGAUUCCAGCUCAUCUCAAAAGUUUGAAGUACGGAGCCAACAAAUAUGUACUACUUCUUUCUUUCUUCAGUCCCUAUCAUCUUAUCGGCAUUGGCCUUCUUGCCUCACUCUUUCUACCAACGAUUGUUAUCACUGUCCUAUCGGUUAUUUGUGUCAUCUAUCCUUUGACUAAGCAGAUACUACGUUACUACAAUUUUCUGCAGACUCCUUAUUCAACGGACAUCAUACGUUCAACGUACACUGCACGUUGUGAUGGAGAUUUCGUAGUUUGUCUGAUUGGUAUUCGACCAAAUGGAGCAAAUCCUUUCACAAAAUCAUUUAUUGAAGCAGGUAAUGCAUUUCGUGACAUGCUAGCAGAGCUGGAAUCAAAUCCAACGUUGGGCUACAUGGGUGGUGAUAUCUAUGUUGGAGCAAAUGAUAGAAAGAGCACAACUUUGGUUGUGCAAUACUGGCGUGACUAUGAAUCACUCGAGAGAUGGACACAUACGAAAAUGGGCGUUCAUAUCAAAACAAUGUUGGCAUACAUGAAGAAUGAUCGUGCCAAUGGCAUCAAUGGAGUUUGGCAUGAAACAUACAAAGUGAAAGAUGGACAAUAUGAAGCAAUUUAUCUCAAUAUGCCACCAAUGGGUCUCGCUUUAGCAACACAAGCCGUCCAUGAGAUCAAGACGAAUAAUGCAUCUGAGAGAAUACAACGACGAAUUAAAGAAAAGCAAGCGCAAUCUAUGUUGAAUACUCCUGAGAAGAAUUAG